ACCAAUAAAGAACACCCAAGCACACAGCGUAAAAAUGUCGUCGCUAGUUUAGCAAUUCGUGUUAUUUAUCUUUAUUUUACGAAACCUAACGCGGGCGUACUCUUUUCAACGACUAACACGUCAUUCUAAUAGUUUUUUCUUUUCUGUUAUUCUAUAAGUCGUACUAAACAGAAAUGGCAGACGAAAUGGACCCGUGCGAAUGCCUCUGGAAUCACGAGCUUGCGAUGCGACGACUCAUAUCCCUGCUACGUCAAGGACAGUCGUACUGCACUGACAGCGAGUGUCUGGAGCAACUGCCGGCGAUGCCGGCGCCCGAGUCGGCCGGCAACAGCUUCCUCGUGAUGUUCCUCAUGAUGGCACUAGCGUUCGCCAUGUACAUAAUGCGCCCGCGCCGCAACCAGAUCCAGGACGUCGCUAAACCGGAUCGCAACACUCAGGACCGUGACGGAGCGCCACCCACCCCGCCAAGAAUUUAAUUAUUUUAUCAAAGUGUCCAGUUUGGAUUCAAUCACAAUAAUUUCGAUUCUUGUAAUUUGUAUAAAAGUAUAUUAAACAUAUUAGUUUAUGUCGCACUCGGUUGCGGAUAUAAUGUAAAGAUGGUAACACAUGUUACACCAUAGGUCUUGUAUAGGUAUAAAGUAUUUACAGUAAGUAAUGAAAUGAAAUAUAUUAUAUUAUUAUAUUAAUUAUUGCCUGUAUACAGUGCUGUCGUAAAUUCACAAUGAAGGAGAAUAGAAUGGAUUAUUGAAUGAAUUAAUGAAACCGAAAAAAGGUAGAAAUGUUCAAACAUUUUCUCAAAAAUUAGUGCGCAUGCAUGUCAGCCUAAUUGAAGAUAAAUAUGCCAGUUUUAAUCGCCAUUUGACAGUGCAGGUAUACGUUGUACCUAAUUGACAAAUUUUAUUUGUACUUGUGGUGCUAUAAUUUAUUAGAUAAACUUUUUGAUAAAAUGAGAUACUAACUUCUCUAUAGUUAAUAUCGCUAAUUUUGCUGUAGGUCUGAAAUUAGGUCACAUUAUUUAUAAAACUUUUGAUUGCAUCACAAUAUCUACUUAUGAACUGUAAUAUUAUGUGACGUUUAAGUAAAUCUAAUUUAAUGCAAAUUUAUAUCUUAUUUCGAAUAUUUUGUCUUUAUAAUGACUAAAUUACUGUGAUCUCCACUAGUUGCUGACUUGAUUAUAUUGUAACCAUAUUAAUUUUAAAAUUAGUAGCACUUUAUUUUGAUUGAAUUUCACAUAAUAAUGAAAUAGCCGUGCAUGCACCAAAUUGUUAAUUAUCUGUGAUCGACAGCUCAAACAAUUACGUGCAAUAUAUAGAAGUAAUUGAUUUGUAUGAUUGAACAUGUUCUGUAUGGUCGAUCCUAAGUGUAUUAUUUUUCUCAAAACCAUUGUUUAUUUUGGACUAUAUGGGCUUUGUUUAUAUAGUAGCAUGCACCGCGUUUCGUAUUCCAUAUAAAAUACGAAUUACUGAAAAAAAAAUAAAAACUAUUAUUAACUUAUUAAAUCAAUGUGAUCAAGAUGAUUGUCCAAGACAUUGUUUAAAAAAAAUGUCAAAACAGUUAUGGUACUUUUUAUUUUUUUAGUAAUACGUGAUUAUUCCACUAGUUGAUAAUUUUUCACAUUAAUUUGUCUCGGGUUGGGUUAUCAUUUUAUAAUAGGUUUAAUUUGUGCAUCAUUAUAUCAUUGUUAUAAAAAUGAGAUUUUUGCCCUGUGCAACCUAAUUGUGCAAAGUAAUAAAUAAAACAACUUACUUGCAA